AGCCACAAUUUUCUGUCAGUAUUGGACGGCAGUGAAGAGACCAAUUUGAAGUAUGCCCAAGAAUGCGUUACUUUGCUUCAAACCAAAUUGAAGGCCGACCGAAUUAUUUGCUAUGAUGUCGCGGUGAUUACGCCUUGUGCCACCUGGUUCUCUUCUAAUGACUGACUUCUCCUUCUUUCCAAAGACACGCACCAACAACUUUUCAGCCCUUCCGUAUAGAGCUGUUUCAGAGAUUACAAGCUUGCCUGCUACCAUCGUUCACAUGGGUAAGCUAGGUCUUGGUUGCAACUAUCAUACUAUGCUUAUACUCUGCCAGAUCAUUCACACCACGGUGGAUAUAAUAGGAUUCGGCGCCAUCUUACCAAGGAUGAAGCCUCGGAAUAUGCCGACCUGGAUCCAGUUUGUGGCGGCCACUUCGGCUGGUGGAAGAUUGUCCUCUCGCUCUGUGUGCGAUUGCAGAACCAUAUCAAUGAGCAGCCUCGUCCAAGGAGAUCUUGUGACGCCUCGCACAAUUAGCGAGAAUUGCUGGGUGAGGUAUAAUCCAGAACAACAGUGGUAUUGGCUGAGCGAUCAGUCUCCUGAUGAGGUGACCCUGUUUUUGCAAUUCGAUUUCGCUAUCAGAGGAAAAAGAUAAGACAAAUUUUGAGACACGAUUGGAUCUCCGAUAUACAUGGCACUAACUUAUGCAUCAGACUGUGCUCAUGCAGCUUUUGUUGAUCCCGAGGCAAGUGGCGAUGCUCGCCCAAGGCAAAGCGUGGAGAUUCGACUCAUUGUGAUCGAUAGGUUGAGUAGUGGCUGAGUUGCUUCGCUCUUACGACAUGAUAUCAACCCCUCGAUGGUCAAUGGUUGCUGCCGUAUACCAUACCCGGAACGGCGACAACUAUAGAGAAGCAUGUUCCUCUUGCAACAUCGAAGGAGGUGUCCUCUGAGGAAAAGUCGCCUCAAAGGCGCUCAUGAAUCGCAACAACUUGUCUUCUGCGAAAGCCGUCGAGACAAUGGAGAUUCCGAAAGGCGCAUUGUACUUUUCUAUCAUUCCAAGUGGAACAGUGG